UCUUUCUAGACCAGGCCAGUUCCUUCCAGGCUCGGCCCCUCUCUCGCUCUGUUUAUAUAUAUAUAUAUACACAAACACCUGGUUGUUGAUCAAUUCAAUCGUUAUCUAAUACCGAACCCAAUUCCGGCAAAUACAUAAACAGCAAUUGAUCGUUGAUCGAGCUAAAGAAAGUACAGAGCAGAGCCUAAUACAUAAACAAGAAGAGAGUUACAGAGAGAGAGAGAGAGAGAGAGAUCCUCAAAAUCAAGAUAAAGAUGUGUUUGGUAUUUGUGUGCGACGAAGAGGAGAGGGUGGUGGGAAGGCAAGCAGCACCAGGGGCGUGUCCGUACUGUGGAGGGAUGAUACAAGCCAUGGACAUUCAGAGCCAGUGGAGUUUCUGUUUCCUCCCUCUGUGUUUCAAGACCAAACGCAAAUAUUGCUGCACUCUCUGCAACCGCCGUUUGGUCCUCCAAUCUUAAUAUCUUUCUUUCUUUCUUUCUUUCUUUUUGCUUCUUCUUUUUGGCAGUAGUUGUGUAUUUAUUUAUUUGUAUACUUUUAAGGGAACAAUUCUGUGUUAUGUAUAAUACUAGAAUAUUAUUAUAUUGUGUUUGAAUUUCUGGGUUCCUUUUCAUAUGUGUCUAAGAAAUGUUCUUGUAUUUGUUUCA